CUGACUUUCCUCAUUUCUCCAGCUUCCAAGUCCUGAUAGGCUUCUCCUUAGAAUAAGACCACCCCAGCAACCUGAUAUUGCAGAGUACCUUCAACUGCCCUUGCGAUCAGGUCCUUGAUGCUGAAUACCUCUGCCAAACAGAAGCCCCUACUACUCUUCUUGACUUCGGAUGAGAAAUAAUCAUUAAACUCAUUUAUGAGGUUGAAAUAAUACAAAAACCGGAUUUUAAUGAUACCUCAAGGAGAUUGGACCUCGUGCAGACCUGGCUACCUGACCCAUGGAAAAAGCCAGGUUUACCUUUUAUCUAACAAUUUGGAAGCAGGAGGAAGGCAGGCAAAUCUGGAAAGGAUUCUGAACUGGUUUGCAGAUUCCUUGAAUGGAUUGUGGGUGUGUUCAUGCCCUCAAUCCCUCUGCCGGCACAAGAGAUAUAUAAUGUCUGCAAUUGAGUCUCCUUUAUCAUCAAGUGCAAAUCUAUCUACUUGUCACCUACCCAAAGACCAAAUUUGGAAAAUAUAACCCAAAGGGAGGCCCACAUCUCACACACAGCAGAGACAGCGGAAUGGUGUUGGAAUAUUUAAGGAUAUCCUAUCCGAGUCCUAUCCCCUGAACUCUCUCCUCUGUGGUACUGAACUUUUGUGUUACUUCCCAGCCUCUCACAGGUUGGCCAGAUGCAGUGGGGCAUGGAAUGAACAAAGAGAGGUUAAAUUGAUGGAUGACCAACAAGAUAAGGAUUGUGCCUCAGAAGACCAAGAAACUAUCCUGAUUAAUGGGGUGAAAGAAAAUGCAUCACAUGACCCAGACAGUGAUGAGAAGCCUUGCACUGCUGCAGAUGCUGCGGUUACAUUUUCAGCCUUGACAAUAGCUCAGAAGGAAAAUCAAGCGUGCCACCGAGUGCUGCCUCCUUUGACUUUAAAGAAGCCCUGUUUGUUGAGCCCUCCUUCUCCUCUGAGACUCACUGAUGUACCUGAGCACGCUUCAGAUGACUCCUCCGCGCACGCCAUUUCUCUUACAUCUUGUGUUACAAAGGGCAUGAGCUCCUGGUCUCUGCCAGGCGAUUGUGAGAAGGCUCCAUUCACAAUUAUGGAGCCUGGAGGCAUGUCAGCUCUGACUGGUGACUGCUUGAUGCAGCCGAGCCGGACCUGUCUGGGCUGCUUUAUUGAAUCAAAGGACGGCAUUGAUGCAGAGCCGGGAAUAAGCUUGAAAGUGGGUGAUAUAAAUAGGGAUUAUGACACCUGUUCAGUCUCUGAUAUAGGGAUUCACUGCAUGAGCACAGGAGAAACCAUGAGAUACGGAGAUCAACUGCUUUCAGACCAGCUUUUAAGCUUCCCUAUGCAUAAAUCGAGGGCAGCAGACAAAAGAGAUGCGGAAAAAUCUGACAGUGAUUCAGAGGACCCCACUCAGAAAAAUUAUUACGAGGGAUUACUAUUGGACAAAUGCAAUGGCGAGGAACCUUUACUAACAAAUCCAAACCAGGAAUGGGGCUAUUUUGAAUCUUUCAUUAGUGAAAGUAAAAUUGAGCUGCUUGACCUUUGCUCCAAAAAUGAGCUUUCUGUAAAUCUGUUUUCUGAGGAAGAUGUGGAUAAUUACAUGUUUGAUGAUGAUGAUUCAACCUUGGGAAGUGAUGUCUGCUCCUUAAAGAUUAGAUAUGAAUCUUUCCAGGACAAUGUGAGGGAGAAAACCAACGCCCUGCAAGAGGAUGCCCAGUUCAAUUUCUUCCCCAGUGUGUUUGGCAACUGCACUAAAAGGGACAGCAGGAGUGCCCUGAAGAGAGGUGCUGCCUGUGGCACUGACCCUUCCCAGUUCAAAACUGAAGAGGGCAUCAUCUGGGGGGAAGAGGACGAGGAUGGGGAGGAGGAAGAUGGGGAGGAGGAGGAGAAAGCUGCCUUAAAUAAAUCUUGCAACAGUACAGAGGUGGUGCAGUACAUAGGCCCCAAAAGAAGCCACUUCUUGGACUCUGUGAAUUCCACAGAGGACUCUGGGGAGUUCAGUGAUGACAGCACCUGCACAGAGUCCUCGUACGAUGUGCUGCGGGAUAUAAAGGACUGUAGCAGGUACCUAUCCAGGGAACAUUCCACGUCCUUCAUUCAGCAGAACUAUGGGCUGCGGGCAAAAAGGAAAGUGCGCUACAGUGAUGACUACCUGUAUGACGUGGAUUCCAUUGAGAACGAGAAAAAUCUGGACAAGAAAGAGUGGGCUCCGGGUGGGCCCAAAGAAGAGGAUGAUGAUGAGUGGUGCCCAAAGAAAAGGCGGAAAGUCUCUCGCAAGGAGCCACCAGUGAUCAUAAAGUACAUCAUCAUUAACAGGUUUAAAGGGGAGAAGCAUAUGCUGGUGAAGCUCAGUAAAGUCGAUGCCAAUGAGACAACAGUUACCCUAAAUGAGGAACUGCUCAGUAAAUAUGAAAAACUGGCCCCUUUGAAAGGCUUCUGGCAAGAGAGGCAGCAAAGCCGGCUGGAUUUUCUUAGAUCAUCUCUCUAUCACAAACAGAAUUUCUAUUUAAAUGGCUCAGAUGCCUCAUUCCUUCCUCACCCAAGAAAGCGAAAAUGCAAACUAGCAAACCGGCAUAGGAUUCAAAGAAUUAAAGCCAUUGAGCAAUCAGUGAACAAGCUGGGCUCUUGCUCCUCUGAUCAGAAGCAGCCUUGCAGCAGUAAAGAGGAUGCAGGCCUGAAAGGGAUGCAAGCAUUAGCCAUAGCUACCCCCGGCUGUGCAAACGGAUUACAUUUGAAUGACAUCACAGGCAUUGCCUCAGUGAAGUGCAAAUCGCAGGAAAGGGAAUAUAAGGGGACAGAGAGGAAAGUGCUACGCAGAAUCAAAUUCAAAAGUGAAGCCAGGUUGAAAUGCAAGAAAAUCAAAGCAGCCGCCAGUACAGUGGAGGUCUCCCCCACUUUGGAAAAUCAGGACUCUGCAGCUAGUUUGAAGGAUGACACUAUUCCUUGUGCUUCAGAUGGCUCCCAUCUUUCUGAGUGCCAUGAAGAUAAGGCUAAUAAAAAUUCGACAUUUCUAACAUCCACCUGCUCUGCAGACAAGCCUCUGCCAUCUGCAAAUAUCACCACCAAUGUACCCCUGAUCCCCGGAGGGUAUCUACAGACAUUGCUAGAUGCUUCGGAUUUGUCGAGUAACACUGGUAUCUCGUACUUCACCCAGCAUCCCUCGGAGCAGUCGCAUUCGCUCCCCAGCAUCAUUCAGGCAGAAAAGCCGUUCUCUGCUCUGCAGCCCGCCCAGAGCUGCGUGCUGUCCCCGCCUUCAGAAUCUGAGCUGCAACAGUCUCCCCGCCACUUAGAAAUCGAGCAGGGCAACUUCAGCACCAUGUGGCCGGCAAACAAGGCCACCGGGGGCAGCCAUCAGGAAUUUGCAAGUGACAUGAGGGAGGCAUCUGUGCUGUCAAAUGAGUUUGGUGGCUCCGCAGGUGCAGACAACCUCCCAGCCUCUGGAUACAGUCAAGUAAAUCUGAAUAGCAGCAAAUUGCUAUACCAAAAAAAUUAUAUGCCAGAUAACCAACAAGUGCAGUCUGAUGAUUCUUAUCAGUCAUGUCAUUUUAAUAAUGGAGAGGGGCGCUUUCAUUUCCAGCGAGGUACACUAAGUACAGAUGAUGGCAGACUCAUUAGUUUUGAUUCAGUGGGCUCAUUGUCAGUUAGUUCUAGCAAUUACAGUUCUUUAAGUUUAAAAUCUUGUGAAAAGGAUGGCGAAGAUGAUAUUAAUGAUGAUUUCUUGGCCCACUGCAGUCCCAAGCUAGUGAUCCAACAAAGCAUAGAUGAAAUAACCCCUUUGAAAGAGUCCACAGAUCUUUUAGACAUCUCCAACUUCACACCCGAUAAGUUCCGUCAGUCAUCACUUUCGGAGAUGUCUCCUCCAGACACUCCCAACCUUUCCCCUCAGAUAACUGGCUCAGACACCAAACCACUAAGCAAUCUGAAAGGUUUCCAGGAGAGCACCCAGACAGCGCUAAGCAAUUCUGAUAAGGUCAAGUGGAACUGUGGGGUCCUUCAGACCCAAGAUCAGGCAGAUAAUGGGUUUUCUUUAAAUAAUCAUCAAUUUCAGUUCCAUAUGUUCAACGAUGAAGAUUCUGUCAGCCUCCUUGAAAAAAGUCCAUGCUUGUCAACAUUUAAUGAGCCAUCUGGUCAAAUUAGCACCAAUAGCAAAGUGUCAAAAUCUAAGAGGAAAAGUUCAUCCAGCAAGAAUAUGGGUACAAACCAAAGCUCUUCCCAGAAAAACACUAGGAAAAAAUCUCCCAAAGCCAACAAAGGAACUGAUAAGCCGCAAGGUAAAAACUCCAGGCAGGCUCCCAAAACAACAAGAAAAGGGAAAAAUGCAGCAGGAGUCAAUGGUGAAAAAGCUCAAGCAGUUGGCAGCAGGGCAGUCAAUCAGUUAAAUAAUACAGCCUCAACAACAAAGGCACUUGCUGACUGCAUUCAGCACUGCAGCCCAACCUCUGUAAAGAUGGGGAAGCAUAAUGGACUAUCUGGUGAAUGGUCACUGGGAAAAGACAAUAGUACAGGCUGGUCUGAAACUAGUAUAGGAAACACUAACAACCUCCUUGAUGAUGAUCAAAGGGAAUUUGAGGAACCUUCCAAUAUUUUGUCUAAUAUUGCAUCUGGAAUGGCAGAUGUUCAGAGAUUUAUGAUGGCCUCAAUUGAACCGUUGUGGGGGCCCGUGGGUCAUAACAGUGUCCCAGAUAUAUUCCGGUCGCCUGAAUCUAACAGCCUGAAAUUGAAAACUCUUAAAAUUUUGGCAGGGACAUCACAGGAGUCCAAGAAAAAGGUGAAUGGUAAUUCUCCGGGAACUGCAAAGAAUCACAAGUCAAGCAACAAGGGCUCAAGCAAAAAUAAUGGCAAAGCCACAACCUGUGAUCCCAAUCGCCCCAAUUGUUCAACUGGGUAUAAUACAGACAUUCACACUCCCUUUUUUGAUAAAAGUUAUAGUAACCUGAGCACUUUAGGCAAUAAUGGACCUACCCAUAAAAAGCUGUACCGUCAUAAAUCAAGCUCUAAAUCACUGAGGGAUGAGAACUGUAAAGUAAAGCGAACAGACCGUGAACAGACCCAUAAGGACCCAUCUGUGACAGCUUCUUUUGAAAAACUGAGGGAAUCAGACUUCAUUCUUCUUAAGGCAGAAACAACAUUUUUGGUUUUUCCUGUGUUUGAAGAAGAGACUCCUUUUUCUAGAAAGACGUUUGAUGUUUGUUUUUUUUGUUUUUUGUUUGUUUCUUUCAAAAUAUGCCUUGUGGUAUGUUGAAAUGUAAGUGCUGAAAUGAAGAGUUUGAAAUUGUGGGAAUUUAUUAUUUGAAAGCAAACCUAAUCUGGUAUUCUCUGUGAAAGACUGUUUUAAAAGUCAUACUGUUGUACAGUAGUUUAUGCACUAUUGCCCACAACAACAAAAAAUUGUGCCAAACUAUGAACAAGUGACUGUAUUGUACAUAUUUUUACUUCUCUAUCAACAUUGGGUUGUGAGUGUUUUCUGCAGCUAUGCCUUUUGGUUUUACUAUAAACAUUCCAGUGAUUAUGUAUUAACCACCCCUAUGAAAGCACCUGUAACUCACAAUGAAAUGAUGUUCACUUAUACAACUUACCAAAAGUUUUAUGGACAUGACUAAAAGUGUGCCAAAUUUACUUACCUCAUUUCAUGGAUUCACCCUGCGGUUUAAAGCUCACAAAGGAAAAAAAAGGAACUUUAAAACUGAUGCUGGGAAAAUGUAAUCUCCUGUCUUUAGAAACAUAAGCAGAAAAAAACCCCAUAAUGAUGAAAUUUUGAGUUUCAUUAUAGGUGAGAGUUGAAAUGUUGGAGGAAUUCAGAAAAUCACUCAAGGUAAGUUUGACAGGAACUCAAACUGCAUUUACAGACUGCAAAACAGCUGCUUUUCAAGUGUCUGUUUUCUUAAAGCAAAAUCUGUAGCUGAAGAUCAUUUGAAGUGCAAAGUUAUAUUGCUGAUACUUUGUAUCUCAGUUUUAUAUAUUUUAUAAUAACCUGGGAUAAAUUCUAAAAUAGUUAUAAAAUCAAAACUAAUACAUUUCAUAUAUUUCUUGCUGUUUAUUUUUAUUUGCGUAAUUUCUUAAACAUUUUUAUGCUGAUCCUAUCAAAAGUGCUCUCAUAUCAUUGCUUUGGUGUUUUUCUAAGUGUUUAACCUUGCAAUGCCAAUAUUGUUUGAAAAUUUAAAAAAAUGAAAAUCAUUAAUUUUGAAUGCAACGAUGAAUUUUUUGCUUUCAUUCCGUACAUAACAUAAGAGGAAACGGAACUAUUUGUGAUCUCACCAAGUCUGGGCCAGAUCAUAAGCAAGUGGACUUUAUUAAGAUGGUGAUAAGUAUUGAAUGCUAAACAUGUUAUCAAAAGGCCUUAUUUCUAACCCUACCCACUGCACCCUCACCCUCCAACAGCAAAACAAACAAAAAUUCACUUAUUUUCCUUGUGCAACUGACAGCCUGUGCAUUUUGCUGCUGAUUUGUUAUGAAACCUUGAUAUGCAAGAGACCUGCUAACUAGGGAACUUAUGGGAGCAGAGGGAGGUAAGGUUAGGACACACAUUAUGCAAUAGACAAUUACAGAUACAAGGAGAGGGGCCUUAAAAGCAAUCUAAUAGAUCACUUUUCAACAUACUCAUGAGCAUAGCGGUGGUGUUUCCAAAUAGAUUCAGAUAGACUUGGAAGUGUUUUCAUAUAAGAAUAUUCCUUUCUGUCACAGUAAGGGCAGAAUUGGAAGUGGCUUCUCUUUGUUAUAUUCAAAUCAGCAAAGACAGAUCAUUCUCAACUUGAGAGAUGUGAAGAAUCAGAGAUGGGACCAAUUUGCAAACUUCUGACUUGGGCAUGUGGUUAUGCUGAAGCCAUGGCACCACUCCCUGUGUCUUCCUCCUGUGGCUACACAGUAGCCUGGGAGUUAGUACUGUUUUCAAACAGUGUUAAGUCCUUCUCGGGGAGCAGGAGAUGGUGCUACAGCUCACAGCCAGUCCUCUGCCUCAGUGCAUCAGGGGUGAUAGCAGUGCUCUCCUGUCUUGCAUCCUUGGAGAGACAGUCUGGACUGAUGUAAUGACAAAGUAAGGAUGGUGUUUUGUAUUUAUAUAGCAAUCCAAAAUUCAUUGCUCCAUAAAAGAAAGCGUUGCUACAAUAACUGUGAUGUUUAGAGCCACUUCCAAUUCUGCACAAGGGGGUGGGAAGGAGGCUGCUUUCACUGCUGUUUUGGAUGUUUAGGCUGCUGCUCCUAUGGAGCCAGAACAGGCCCAGCUUUAGGAAAUAGCAGUUCCCUGCCCUUUGACCCAGAACUGCCAUUUGAAAGCACAUUUCUGUUGGCCUGCAUUGUAUUAUGUGUGUUUAACAUAUAAUUAUAUGACUCAUAAUAAGGUACAUUGUACUGAAACAUACAGCAAUAUAUAUUGCAUUUGAGAAAUGUGCAAUAGGACAUGAAUAUAGUACAUAAAACAUAUUGACUAUUUUGUUGUCUCUUGAAAGCCCAUUAAUACCCAAUUACCAUGCAUUUCAGUACAGUGUUAAUUACAGAUGUCAUCUGCCUUGACUCACUCUCUCAACCUUCUGUCUCUCAUCUCUUUGCCUUCUUUGACUCUGUCACCCCCUGACUGCACCAUAAUUUCUUAACACCAAAUGCCUGAGAAACAAAAGCCUUUGAGGUGAAAUGCUGCCCCAGCUCCCUGCUUGACUCCCCUAGCCUCUGCAAAGUCACCCCUAACCAGGCUUCCAAGACCACAAAUGUUGGAAUUCCCCUUGAACCAAAUUUCUGUCCUCUCUCCUUUUACCUUCUCUGUGCACCCACCUGUCACUACCUCGAGAACAUUAUCAUAAUGCAUCUUUAACUUGUCCCUUGCCAAAAACUCAUUCCUGCUUCCACUGCUUCUUCUCUUUGCUAGCACACUUUGCUCUUUCAUAGUACUGCUCUUGAAAGGUAACUGUGGCUAGAUUCCCCUCUCAGUCCAGGAUUGCCAUACCCUGGCCUUUGGCCAUUUCUAAAUCUCUUUGGAUUCCCAGAACCUCCACAGGUUCACUUUACUUUCCCAUUUUACUCAUCCUUCCCUCUUUAGAUCCACCCAGACCUCCACUCUCUCUCCUCAUGACCCUCUACCAUUCUACCCUUAUGCGUGCUGCCCACUCUACCUGAGGAGCUCACUUCAAGCCACAAAGUCAUUUCCUUAUUUUUCAGCUCCUUGAAGUUCCUUUUUCACUGUAGCUUGUUUGACUCUUGCUGUAAAACCAUUUUAUGAUCCUCUGUAUGAAGGAUGCUAUAUACAUUGUAUGGUAUCCUUAUUCUCUUGUGAUGUACUGUACUGCAAAUCUGGCAGAUUUCAGUUUUGGUGAGUUAUAAUCAUCAGCUAAAUUAGAAUACACAUAGGGACAGCCUAAUCAAUUUAAAGGACCCGCGCGUGACCUGGCUUAGAUCGGAACAAGCUUGGGUCAGUUUAAUAUGGCCCAAUUUCAUUUGCUCUCAUUCCAAUUCCAAGAAUUGUGGUGAGCAAGAUUCCUGUGCUGGAAAGAGUUGAGGUAAGGAGAAUGCUGCAUUUGCUAGUCCUAGUUCUAGCAGGAAUGUUUGGUGCCUCCUGCAGUUUUAGAGAAAUGAUCCAUUUUCUUUUUGUAAAUACACUGUGAGGAAUAUUUCCUUUACAAGUAAAACCCACCCCCAACAGCCUGAUUUUUAUAUUAGCAUCUCCAAAGCCCAUAGUUUUGUUGGAGGUACUUGCAUAUAGAGGUUUUGUAAAUAUAAAAAAGAUCAAGGAUGGGGAAUUUGAUUAAUCACGAAGCAUAAAAGAACUGAUGUUCACUGCUUGUCCUUCUCUCUCCCUCUUUUCGUAUUUAUUUUUUUAGCAUAGAACUUUCUUGAAUAAGGAUCUAGAAUUAUGAACUAAAACCCUGAUUCAGCAUGGUUUUUAACCAUGUGAAAGCUAGUAGGACUAUGCCUGUACUUCAACUUGAGCCUGUGCUUCUACAUCUUGCUGAAUCAAGGCUUUAAAUAGGGAGAAGAAAUUGUUGUGGGUUCAGCUGGUUUAUACUUGUUAUGUGAAACAGUUGCCAUGGGGGUAGUUUUUUAUUUAAAUGGUCAGGACUGCUGUUGUUUUCUGGCAUUGUAGCUCAAUCCGCCAUGAACCAAAAGAAAGACAUUUUUAACUAUUUUAAUCCUCCGCCCACUGGGCCAGAUUCUUCUUUCACUUAGGCCUCAGUCUUGCAAAGCACUUGAGUGUGGGCAGACCUUGAAGUACAUGACCAGAUGGGACUGGUUCUAAAAACCUGUAGCACACUUAAAGGAGGUGUAAGUGGUUUGCAGGAUCGACGCCCUGCUCAGAGGCACGAAUCGGCUGGAUUGAGGCCUCGCCAUUGCAUAGGCAGGUGUAAGGGAGAAGAGAAUCCAUGCAUUUGGGGCAGGAUCAGGCUCUUGGUCUGAAUUUCUCAAUUCGGUGUGUUGGACUUUGCCUGUGCAGGUUCCAGGAAAUUUAGUGGAAGCUGCGGGGUUCAAGUCACUGCCAUCUAUUUGAGAAUGUGCCUCUAUCUUUUCAGUGUAUAAAAUAAUGCAAAAAAUUAAGUACAAUGUCUGUGGUAGAAGCAAAGCUUUUUCAAAUCCGUUUCUCAGGUAAACAAGUGACACUAAUGACAAUGGAGUAACAGCCAUCUAAGAGAAUUUGGAUCAUAUAAAGGAGGAUGCCCUCAAUCUCACAGGAUAGUUGGGUUGCUAGACACGUUUACUGAGCCUUUGAACGCUUGGUGCAAAAGGAAACAAGAAGUGAAAUUUGUAUUCACGGCUACCCUUCGAUAGCGAGAAAAAUGUACAUUUCAAAAGCACAAAGGGAAAACUUAAAAAAAAAAAAAAAAAAGAAAAUAUAAAAAAGAAAGAUACCAGUUAAACUCCUUUUGUCUUUUACUCCCAGUGGGAAGCAGGGUAGAAAUCUAAGGAGAUGCUCUGUUUCACUGCCUGCAGCGCUGGCUGUGGACAUUUUGACUGCUGCCUACAGAGAUUUGAAUGUACUGCUCCUUAAGUUAACUUCCAUAGAACUAGAGGCACCUCUUUAGUAAGUUGCUACUGCUUUAUGGUGCUAAAGAAAACUUUUAUCCCCCCCUUAAGCAUUUAGGAAAUAUUAAAUGGCCCUUUUUAUGAAUGUAACAUAUCCAUUUCUGUUUAACAUUUUACACUGCAAUUUUAACAUGUUUGGAAAUUAUUUGCCUUUUUUCUUUUAGAAUAAGCUUUAUAAAUAUUCUGUAGAGUCAAUUGAAGUAUAAUUCUUAAGGAUCACUCUAAGACGCCUACAAAAUCUUGUAUAUUUUUAAGUGUGCCAAUUUGUAAAAUAUUUUGUAAGUGUAUAUUUUUCUUAGAAAAGUGCUGUGAAGUGUUUGUAUGUGUGAGGUUUCCCUUUUUUUGCACCUUCGGGUGUUAAUAAAAGGAUGUAUACUUAAAAGUUUCUGGUUUUAAAAACCAAAAUACAAAGAAAAAAAUUAAACUUUUGUUGGGAAUUUUGUAAUAAAAAGAAAUGUUGUGAAAGAGUGUAGUGAUAUUGUGUAAAGGAAACUGGAACAUUUGUGAGCGCUUUGCUGUUUUAUAGAUCCUCUUGUAAAUUAUUCUUGUAAUAUUUUUGGUUUUGUUGUUCUUGUUGCAAAGGUUUUAAAUAUUUGUGACUGACUCUGUAUGGUGAAAAUGUCAUAUUGUUAACUUGCUGAGUUUUGUUAUAUUGUUUAUGGAAUAAAUAAAAAAUUAAAAAUCUCAUUUUAAGAUCAUGUAUGAAGAAGGAAUUAAACUCCCAUUUGUUGAA